UCGUCGGGUUUGCUGUAACUGACUGUAGCUGGCGAGGGAUAAUCUUGAAUGGCAAUGGAGUUUGAGGACUUCGAACCCAUUUUUUGCGAACCCAAAGUAGAGUUCUCAGCUCAAACUUCCUCUCCUCUGCCUCAGUUCCUGCUCCACGCAUAUGCUCCUGUUUCUUCUCACCUUGUAAUUCAUGCCACCGAUUUCCAUUCUGAUACUUGGGAAGCUCAUCUUUCAGUUUCUCGACUUGAGGACAUUAGGGACAUCACUGGAAUAGGGGGCUCUUGGUCAGAGUUUUUUGACUAUUUCAUAACUUCCAUCAAGUCAGCAGAUCUGAAGUUAGUUCUAGAGAGAAAUUCAGAUUUUGACGGUGUUUCUCAUGAAAAAGCAAGAUUGGUUGCUCAGAAAUCAAAAGGAAUGCCUGUGAUUAGCAUUCCUCUUACUAAACUUGCAGACUCUGCUGCUAGAGAAGCUAUGUCAAAUUUAUCCUUGAGGCUCUUUAAUGCAUUCAAAAGCAUCAAGAACUCUCUCAAAGAAGAGCAGGAGCGCAAUGCACAGUUGACAAAGCUGAUAGCAGCUGAAAAGGAAAAAAGUGAAAGCAUACAACAAUUGGAACAGAGACAGAAGUUUCAAAAGAUUAGUGUCUUGGAGAAGGCAGAUGUCUCUACUAAUGGGUUGCAAAACUCUCCAGAAAAGCAAGCAACUCGAGAUACAGGCUCCACAAAAGUUAAGAACCGUGUGGUGCCAGCUCAUCGCAGGGCCAAAGUGAGGGGGGCCCAGUUGUGCGACGAUGACGACUCCUAAGUCCUAACUCCGAACUCUUAUGUCUGACAAGCUAGUCAAUAUUCAAUAGGAGUUUGUUGUCCUGACUUACAGCAACCUUGUACAAUAAGAAUAAUGAUAUUACAAGCGAGUUUAACAAAAUCAAUGUUUCAUGUAAUUUUUAGCCGUGAAAUGAAAAUUCUUAAUUCUUCCAA